AUGGAGUGGACAGAUGACCAUGACCACUCUCUCUGUCAAGAAAUUCUGGCUCUAGAGCCCUUCAAAACUAAAAAGGGAAGUAUCGCAAGAGGGCAGAUUUGGGAAAAAAUUGCCAGUAGUCUCAACUCCUUGAAAAUUCCAACAUUUAAAGUUAAUAAGCGCUCGAUGAGAGAGCGUUACACGCUACUCAUUGAAAAAUUAAAGAAAAAGUUAAAAGAAGAGAAAGAGGCCAGCGGAAUUGAGACUGACAUGAGUGACGUUGAGAAAGCUUUAGAGGAAAUACUGGAAAUGGAGGCUGAUGCUGAAAACAGUCUGGAAGUUGACAAGAAAAAGGAGGAUAAUGCCAGAGCUGGCGAGAAGCGGAAUAGAGCAAUGGAGAGCAUGCGUUCAACACAGAAAAGAAAGGAUGGUGAUGAAGUCGAGGACGUAGAGAAUGCACAACCUAAGCAAAAAGUCACAAGGAAUAGUGGUGGGGACACAGUGGCAUAUCUACGUGAGAAAAAUGAUAUGGUUCAGAAAUGGAAAGCUGAAGAGUUGAAAUUGCAGAUGCAGCGCCUGGACGUGGAGAGAAGAAAGCAAGUUGAGUCUCAAAAGCAACAUCAAGAAUUGAUGCAAAUGAUGGCCCAGCAAGUCCAGCAGCAACAGAAUCAAAUACAACAGUUUCAGCAGAUGUUUGCUGCCAUGCAACAACAGCAGUCUCAAAUCAUUUUGAGGCUUUUAGAAAAACAUUGA